CUGUGCUUGUGUGCCGUGUUCUCCAACAGUUCUUUCCCUUGCCAAUACUCGGUAGCCAUGGGGGGGAGCAGAGUUAUCAUCAGUAUCAGAAGGGGUUCGGGGGAGAGCACUACAGCAUCAUCGGUUGAGAGGGAUGCCGAUGACUAUCUCUUGGACGAUGGUGCUUGGUACAGCAAUUCCGACGGAGUUUGGUCACCGUACGUUUCACACAGGAGACCGGAUCAGCAUGUAUUUAAGAUGGCGCGGACGACGGUCAUGUUGAAAAAUUUGCCAGAGUGCUUCACACGGGCAAGGUUGCUUUACCUUCUUUGCAAAGAAGGAUUCUCGGGAACCUUCAAUUUCCUCUAUGUGCCGUUGUGCUUCAGGGAGAAGAAUUCACUUUGCUACGCGUUUAUCAAUUUCGUGGAGCAGAAGUCCUUGGAGCGUUUCUGGCAGAGGUUUGAUGGCUUGCGUGACUGGAGUGUUCCCUGUUCCAACGUCGGAGAGGUGUGCUUGUGUGAAAGGCACCAGGGCUUGGAUAGCAUCAUUCAGUACUAUCGAAACAACAGUGUGAUGCAUCCAAGUGUGCCUGAUGAGUGCAAGCCGAUCCUGCUUCGGGGAACACAGCGCAUUCCCUUCCCUUCACCGGUGAAGAAGAUCAAGAUGCCCAAAAAGCUCAGAAGCGAAAGUGGCGAUGUCGAGAGAAAGGAAAACACAGGUGUCCCUGUGAUGCUCACGUUCUCGUUGUGAGUCUCGGGUUUUUUUCCCUGGAUCGGAUGAGAUUUCGUGAACUUCUGAGUGAGACAGCCGUGGCAAUUAUGAAAAGAGAAACGCCCAGCUACC